GUUACGCUCCUGUGAGUGGCAUGUGCAGCAAGUACAGAAGUUGUACUGUCAACGAGGAUACCGGCUUAGCAUUGGCUUUUACGGUUGCGCACGAGGUGGGACAUAAUUUUGGUAUGGUGCACGAUGGAAGAGGAUCAAAGUGUACUGACGCAAGAGGAAGCAUUAUGUCACCUGUUUUGGCCGGACUGGACGGAACAUUCAAGUGGACUACAUGUAGCCGGAAGGAGCUCACCAACUUCCUGGAAUCUUCCCGUUCUUUCUGUUUGAAUAAUGAGCCUAAGCAGAAAGGAGAUCUUCAGUUUCCAGAUACGCUUCCCGGAGAGAUGUACGAUGCAGAUAUGCAGUGUAAACUCCAGUUUGGAACCAAAUCUAAACUCUGCAAACUUUAUCAUGAAAAGGGUAAAGUUUUAAUGAAACACGACAUCUGUAAAUCUCUAUGGUGCCACAGACGAGGACGCGAGUGUGUUACAAAAUUCAUGCCGGCGGCAGAAGGAACUCCAUGCGGGAAUAAUAUGUGGUGUCGUCGAGGGAAAUGUGUUGAGAAGAACGAGGAAGGCCCUAAACCUGUGAAUGGUGGAUGGGGUGCUUUUUCUGACUGGACAUCCUGUUCCAAGUCUUGUGAUGGUGGUAUAGCAUACAAAGAACGAAAGUGUAACAAUCCACGCCCUCGAAAUGGCGGUAAGGACUGUGAAGGACAAACUCGAGUCUAUAAGAUAUGCAAUACCGAGCUUUGUCACCAUGCCAACACUGAUAUACGGAUGGAACAGUGUGAAACGUUCAACAACAAGACCUUUAGAGGCAAUCGGUUUCUCUGGAAACCGUACGAGAAAGACCUCGGAGCUCUCUCCCGUUGUAGAGUUUACUGUAUGCCUCAAAAAACGGAGAUAUUCCUGGUGUUAUCAACGAAGUUACCUGAUGGUGUGGCCUGUAAACCUAGGUUUUCAGCUGUAUGUGUGGAAGGAGAAUGUAGGAACGUUGGCUGUGACGGUGUUAUAGAUUCUACUGUUAACCCUGAUAUAUGUGGAGUGUGUGAUGGAGACAACACAACUUGUCAUGUUGUUUCUGGGCAAGAAACAAUACACGGGAAUAUAUCUGGCUACUAUCACAUUGUUAAGAUACCACAAAAGUCGAGAAAAAUAGUAGUCCACGAGGUUGACGAAUCUCCAUCUUUUCUUGCCUUACGAAACAUGAGUGGUCAUUACUACGUCACCGGCCACUGGACAGUAGACUGGCCUGGGCGGUACCUGGCAGCUGGAACAGAGUUUCUUUACAGAAGGUGGUACAAGAAACCCGAGUCUUUUCAGGCCGAAGGUCCCACGAACGAGGAUCUUAUUGUGGAAGUCUUGCUUCAAAAGAAAGAAACAACAAUACAUUACGAGUUUGUGGUAGCCAACAAUUCUACAGAACCUACACAUUCAGCGGUCAGUAAGCCGGUCAGGAAACGUUACGAGUGGCGGCUAAUUCCUUCCGACUGUUCUGUGACAUGCGGAGGAGGUCAUCAGUACUUAAACCCUCGUUGUCUGGACGAUAAAGGACUACUGGUGGACAGUGAACUUUGUUCUGCUGUUUUACGACCGUCAGCAGACAUUAGUAGAUGUAACCGAGACUCGUGUCCAGCCAGAUGGGAAGUUGGAAAUUGGACAAGAUGCACCAAAAGUUGUGGAACAGGAUAUCAACACAGGAGUGUCCGCUGUGUUCAAGAUAAGGAGACAAAAGGGACGAGGGCAGUGGCUAGACGACGUUGUCAUGGACUGACCUUUCCGAUCAGGAAGCAGAAGUGUAACGAACAUAAAUGCCCAUUAUCAUGGGUGACAGGACCAUGGACAAAGGUUCCAGUUGCUUUGACCUCUUCAGCUGGUGUGACAUAG